UGAUAAACUUUGAACUGUAUGAUAAUCUCUGAACAGUAUGAUGCUACUACCACUACUAACUGUUUUAUUAGGGUUAUAUAACUGGCAUGUAUGCUUUUGCAAUGAUCGAUAAUCAAUUGAUUUUUGUGCAUGAUUUUGGUUGGCUGUGUUAAUACAGGUUGAGGUAAUUGUGCCUAAUAAAGGUUUUAUGACUGGCACAGAAGAAGAAACAAAAUGGCUAAACAAAAUGUUGCUAAUUAGAAAAAGAUGCAGAAUAUUGUAAAAUGUUCACAAAAUGAUAAAUGGCUGCAUUGGAAAUGUAAGAAAUCAUGGGCUGUUCAUUCUGAUUUAUCAUUCAUGUCCACUUCUUCUGGUUGCCUUGCAUAUUCAAAUGAAGUAGUUAUACGUGACCAUCACAGAACACAUAAUUCUACUCAAACAUGGAUGUGCUGAUCAGACAGGACCUCUGUGAUGAAGAGAAGGGUUACAUUCAGAAGAGGCUUCAAGUAGUAGGUGACUGUCUGCGCAGUCACGGCAUUGUCUGUAAGCCUGAUGAAGUACCUCGUGUUGCACUACUCGGCUCUGGUGGAGGAGAGAGGGCCCAUAUCUCCUUUCUGGGUGUCCUACGUCAACUGGGGCAGGACAAUCUGCUGGACUGCUUCCUCUACAUGGCUGGAGUGUCUGGAUCCACAUGGGCCAUGUCUUCACUGUAUGCUGAUGCCCAUUGGUCGAAAAACGCGAAGGUCACCACCAGCAGUGUCCUGAAGAGCAUAUCUGAGGGGGAAGACAUGGAUUUUUCCGAAGGUGUGCAGUGGCUCAGGAAGAGAUACGAGGAAGGGGAUCUAUCCCUCUCUGAUUCCUGGGGAGUGAUGACUUGUGUUAUCAAAGGUGUACCGCUGGAGACAAGGACCCUGUCUGAUGAGGGAUCCAGAGACCGAGAUGGUGCCAAUCCAUACCCACUCUACAGUGCUAUAGACCGGGCAUUCUUUGACAAGGACAAAGCGAAAAGGAAAGAGUUGUGGUUUGAGUUGAGUCCCCAUGAGGCUGGGUUCACGGAACCUGGGGCUUUUGUUAAGACAUCCCUGCUGAAACAGGACUUUGAGGGAGGAUGUGUAAAAUACUCUCCUAAGAGGAAGCCAAUGGACAUGGUUCAACUGCAAGGGAUUUGUGGAAAUGUUUUUGGAGAUGAGAAGCAAAACCAGAAACACAUCCUGGAUUGGAUCAAAAAAUCACUUUUGCCAAGGUCGCAAGGUGAAGCAGCCCCACUGUCAGGUGUGCUUAAGAUUGUGAUGGCACUGGUUGAAUUGGUGGAAUGUCACCAUAACAUGGAUCAUUGCCACACAGUGUUGGCCAAGUUGAAAUCUGUUCUCGGAGAGGACUAUGGAAAAUUCAGCACCACACUCCUUGAACUGGAUCAUGAGAUGUGGACAGACAUGGAUGACCAGAAGAGGAAACAGCACAUGAAGAAUAUCUUUGAAGAACUCAUAGGAUCAGCAGAGGAGUGGGGCCAGGAGUUGAACAAUCUUAAUAACAAACUAACUGAUGUGUGGUGGGUCAUUAAACACAUCUUGCCAUUAUUCAAUGAAUGGCAAUCUGGAAACGUGGCCAAUUUCCUCUACCAAAUCAACGAGCCCAAGGUUCCUGAGGAAAUGUGCAAGGAGGACACAAUGCACCUGAUAGAUGCAGGGCUCUUCCUGAACUCUCCGUAUCCAUCCGUGCUGAGAGAGGCGAGGGAUGUGGACAUCAUAAUGUCCUUUGACUUCAGUGAGGAUGCUCCUUUUAAGUCAUUAGAGGGAGCCUGGCAUUAUGCAGCCGCCAACCAAAGAGCCUUUCCCGACAUAGACUUUAAGGCUCUGAACCCUGAGUCUGACUGUCCAAAGUCCUUCUAUGUUUUUGAGGAAGAAGGGAAGCCAACGGUGAUCCACAUCCCCCUCUUCAACAUUAAGAAUGGCAAAGAUGAGGCCACCAUCAAACAGGAAUGGAGGGAAUACGCCACCUUUCAGAUGACCUACAGGGGCAAAAAGAAGAUCGACCACCUGGCAGAUCUGGCUGCAGAAAAUGUGAACAGAGACGGCAUCCUGAAAGAGAUCCGAAAAGCAGCAGAGAGACGCAAGGCCAAACAUUGAGAACAAACACACGCACGGGUUAGGGUUAGGGUUCAUGUGUCAUGACAGUGUCAUGUGUUCAUGACAGUGUCAUGUCACUCUUAUGUCGAUACUGUCAAGUAAAGUGUUACCAUCAUCCCUAAUCUUUUUUCACAAAUAAUUAUUAUGUUUAAUUCAAAUCUACAAUGGUUUUCCGACAAAAACCUAUUACUAACAAAUGUAUUACAUAUUAGUUAGCAAUAGUCUAAUUAUAUUAAUUCUAACUGUUGAUUAAAUUACUGAAGGCUGGGUGUACAAAGGUCAUGCUCCACACACAGAAAGAUGCACACGCACACACACACACACACACACACACUGACUGCAUUAACUUUGAAAUCAUUGGUCCAGCCUAACCAAUCAAAUUGAUCAGGGAUUCCUAACGUUACUUCCUACUUCGCCUAAACCUUAGAAACUGAUAAUCAGCAGCAUUGGCAGUCAGGAAACAAUUUAUGUACAAUGGCCUACCUUUGCUGUAAAUAGAAGUGUUGAUAAUACUGUUCAUCACAGCCACUUUCGAUUUUGAAACUAAAGCGUCAUCCCCUCUAGUCGCUGAUUGGCCUGACCUUUUUGGGGUCUGAUGGAAAUGCUAGUGAGUAAUGUUCCAGCUCCUCGGAAGUAGACCUAGGUGGGCAUGGCUAGGCUAACACAGUGGGGCAGUCAAUCACAAAAAAAUGUAUCACUUUGUGAUAAAAGGAUCAAAUUUGGUAGAAAAACUCACAAAGGGGGUCUUGAAUUUGGUCACUGGGGGCCAUGGCAGCCAUUUUUAAAAAUGCCCAACAAAUAUGGGUUUUGUUAGGUGAAUUGGGAUUGACAGCAGAAACAACUAAUAAUGAUUAUUCCUAGGGUUAGUAAUAAUAAUUAUUCUAUCACUUUUAA